CACCAAGUGAAGCUCUUUAAUGCCCAAGAUGAAGUUUUGGAAGACUAAACUUGACAGUUUGCCAGACAAGAACAUACAUGGAAUAUCACAUCUUCAGCUAGAUACUGUGGCAGAAAUAUGAGGUGCACUUACAUGGAACAAUGCAGCGUCGUGCAAAGACUCAAGCUAUCUUUGAAUUUGAGAGCUCAGGUACAAGGACCAUCCUAGUUGUGCUCAGCCCUGAGCCAUUUACUUUAUUCUUCAGCACUGUUACCCAUUCUAGGGCAGUACUGUGCUCCAAUUAUACUGCCUUCAUGAAAUGCAAAGUGAAACUAUCUUGAAUAGCCUGGCAACAGCUGUCUUUGGACAACACUAUUAUUGUAAUCUGCACAUAGCCUUUCAGCAGCAGCAACCCCAGUGCCAAGAGCUCAGCUGGGAUGAAGACUGCUCUUCAGUGCUGGGGUGUCCUCUCUCCUGCUCUGUUGUGUGACUGAGCUGAUAAUGCGCUAUCAGAGCUAGAAAGACACUAUAUAGAGGGGCUCCCCUCUCCACCCUCAGCAACUCUGCAACUGUGUGCUCUUUCUGGAUCAUCUUGUUUUCACCAUUGCUGCUUCUAUUUGGUUUGCUGUCAUCAGAAGGAGUUCCUUGAGAUUUUCCCCAAAAGGACACCAUACUUCACCCAUACGACUGCACUGUAAAGAGGGCCCUGCAGACAACAGAGAGGCUGGCAAAGCUAAACUCAGUUUUACUAAGCUGCUACUUGGAAAAGGCCCUGGAUAAGCUACAGUGGGAAUUUGGCUUCUGAGGGAGAAGAAAGCUGCAGGGAAGGAUGACACUUCAACAAGUUUGGGGUUUUUUUUUCUUCAAAACUGUGGUGAAAAAUGAAUGGCCCAGCAGAUCCCUCAAGCUUACUCUUCAAUUGCUCAAAUCAAUCAAAUUUCUCUUUGGAGACGUCAGAGCAAUGUGGCAAAGAGACACACCUCGAGAACAUCCUUUUUGCCACUUUCUACUUCCUGGACUUCAUCCUGGCUUUUGUUGGCAAUGCCCUGGCUCUUUGGCUCUUCAUCCGGGACCAAAAGUCAGGCACACCUGCCAACAUUUUCCUGAUGCAUCUUGCUGUGGCUGACCUGUUCUUUGUGCUCGUACUUCCUACCCGGCUGGUGUAUCAUUUUUCUGGUAAUCAUUGGCCAUUUGGAGAGAUGCCAUGCAGACUCACUGGCUUCCUUUUUUACCUCAACAUGUAUGCCAGUAUCUACUUCCUCAUGUGUAUCAGCGUUGACCGUUUCCUAGCCAUUGUGCACCCUGUGAAGUCCAUCAAGCUCCGCAGGUCCCUUUAUGCCCAUUUGGCAUGUGCCUUUCUGUGGGUUACAGUUGGGGUUGCAAUGGCACCUCUGCUGCUUAGUGUGCAGACAGUCGAGAUGAAAAACACAACCGUCUGCCUGCAGCUCUACAGAGAAAAGGCAUCACGUCAUGCCCUUGCGUCCUUAGCAGUGGCAUUCACCUUCCCAUUUGUUACUACAGUAACUUGCUACUUAUUAAUCAUCCGAAGCCUAAAGAGUGGGAACAGAGUUGAGAAACACCUGAAGGAAAAAGCUAUCAAAAUGAUCAUCAUGGUCCUGAUGAUCUUUCUGAUUUGCUUUGUACCUUAUCAUGUCAAUCGCUACAUUUAUAUUCUCCAUUACAAUGGGACCCAAGCUUCCUGCGAAACACAGCGUAUUCUAGCCCUCAGUAACCGCAUCACUUCCUGCCUCACGAGUCUCAAUGGUGCCUUUGACCCAGUCAUGUAUUUUUUUGUAGCUGAGAAAUUCCGUGAGGCUUUGUGCAAUCUGUUUUGUGUUAAAAAGACUGUAAUGUUGCCUCAAACAUAUGAGGGUAAGACAAAUGAAAGCUCACUAAGUGCUAAAUCUGAACUGUGAACAUGACUCUUGUCACUGCUUCAACUUAAGAAUGCUCUAUUCUACCAAGAUCAGCUGAGAGUGCAAAUAUGCAGCAAGAUAGUCCACCCAGAGCCAAACUCAUCCUGAGGAGGGAAGUUAUGUUGUUUUUAUGGGGCUGCAAUUAGCAAGAAUCCCUCUAACAACAGAGAUCAUAUGUACUUGUCUCUUACUGAAACUGCAAACAGAAGUACAGUUCUACUGAUUUCCAAGAUGUGAAACUGAGGGUUGAACACUUAGGAAUAGGGAAGGGAGCAAAGAGGCUAUUAAACAGACUUUUUUUUUUUUAAGAAAAAAAAAGAACUUAAUUCCCAAAGCAUUUGGUAAUGAGUCUUCCUCUGCACAAUGCAUACAGCCUACAUUAAAAUUUUAUAUUGUGCCAGCAGUAGAGAUCCACUCCUGAGAUAGACCUGCCUGAUGAAAAGACAGCAUGCUUGCAUAUGUUGUUCAAGUCUCUGAAUUCAAAGCGUUUAUACAUAGUAGACAGAAAAUUGGUACUAAAUGGUGGCAAGAAAAAAAGACCAAAAUGCUGCAAUGCAACCAACCUGGACUGGAAUUAAGAUAGGACUUACAAUUUUUUUACUUCUUCCCAGAAUUCAGAGCCAGAAAUAAGCACUAAACUUCACACUACCUUUUCUAUCUGCCCUCUGCCAUUGUCUCAAAGCUGCAGACAGAGGUUGGACAACAUUUAGUACACUGCCUCUUUUACGUAGUUCCCUGCAAAACAUCAGAUAUCCUGAUAACCCUCAAACUAAAGAAUGGAAAACAGCUGCUUAGGAAUACAGCAUUCAUCUUUACUACAUAGAAAAUCUAAAAAAUAAGAACCCAAAUUGCAAAACUGAAGAAAAGCAAGCAUAUGAAGAAGUGAAGUUUACUUUGUCCAGAAGAGAUUCCUAUCUUUGAGAUGUUUUGCAAUUAUUUUUUUGUGACUUAUCUAGCAAGACUAUUCCUUCACUACGGAUAAAGUAGGGGUUAUCUUAACUAUCCUCACUGACACAAAUUGCAUCCAGUGGAAUAUGUCUGGAAAUGACAGGCAGACUAGGGAAGACCAGGUACAACAAGAAGCGGGAAAAAGAACCCAAGAGUUUCCAAUAAUAUUUACUAGAAGACUGCUUCUAUGCUAUGGAGAUAAAUAUUAUAGGAAACCACGUGACAGGUAAAUUUUAUUUUUUAUGUACAGAUACAUACACAUGCAUAUCCCUUUUCCAUGCUUUUGGGAAUGAGCUCCUUACCAUUUUAGAUUUGGUCCAUAAAUUAUGAAAUCAAACAUACUUUAUCUUGCUUGAACUGCUUCAAUCCUGACUGCUUUCCCAAAACACCCUAGGGGCUAUCACAACAGCCCAUUCUAACAAGCUUAGGUGUCAAAAGAAAACCGGUUAUGCCCAACUCCAAAAACUAAGGCACAGAAUUUGCAUGCAGGAUGGAAGAGAAGAGUGAGUUGAGAGGAUUCCCUGCAGGACAGGGUACAAGUAUAUAACCUUUCCUUCCCUUCUUCACCAUUUAGUUAGUGAGAAUAUAAACUCUAGGAAACUACUAGGCUUUGCUCAAGACAUAUGAAAGCCUGAAAUUAACUAUGAAUUGUGCAACACUGCUAACUGCUGGAUUGUUUUAUUUUCUUAUCAUGGUAUGCUUUUGUACAAGUUCUCUUUUCUGUUUUUAUUUCUUACUUCUUAAUUAAAUGUAUUAAUCAAU